UAGAUUUUCAUUUACUUAAUUGUUGUAUAACACAACAGUACUGGGCAUUGAACUUUCGAAUAUCGGAAUAAAAUACCAUUAGAAUUGUUAUGUAAAAUUUACAUUACAUUUAUAUUGCAGGCCUCACAUCAGAAGAGAUUCGAUGUGGUCAAAGGGGAACUCGGGAACAUGGUUUGAGGAUCAUUAAUGGAACACUUGCUUCUAAAGGUCGUUAAUCAUAAAUGAGCGUAAAUGACAUUUUUAGGUGAAUUUCCUUGGAUGAUUUCUUUUCGCAGAAAGGAUAUUUCUGGAUACAAACACAACUGCGGAGGCGCUAUUGUCUCAGAUUCUUGGAUACUCACUGCUGCUCACUGUGUUUACAACAUUGAAAAAGAUUCUCUGUUGGUGGUAGCUGGUGUUGAUAACAUAAAAAUUGAUGAAGACACCAAGCAAGUUAGAAAAGUGGCAGAAGUUUUCACCCCUAACUUUGAUCCUGCAACGUUCGCUAAUGAUAUUGCUCUAUUGAAAUUGGAAUUACCACUUGAAUUUGGGAUUCAUAUAAUGCCUAUUUGCUUUCCUGGCAGUAAUCAACAUUUUGCAGGUAAUGCAAUUGUGGCAGGGUGGGGAAAUAAUGAAAACGGCAAACAAACCGAUUUGUUGUAUUUUGUGGAGAUAAAUCUGGUGGAGAAAUCCAUUUGUGAUUAUAAUUAUGUAAGAAAUGGAUAUUCCAGAUUUUUGAAUGAUUGUCAACUUUGCGCAGGUUUACCAGAUGGUGGAAGAGAUGCAUGUCAGGGAGAUUCAGGUGGACCUCUCAUAUGUGAAUCUGAUGAAAAAUAUAUUUUAUGUGGAAUUGUCAGUUGGGGAAUUGGUUGUGGGAGGAAAGAAUAUCCAGGAGUUUAUACCAAAGUAUCUUGCUACAUGAAGUGGAUUGAAAAUCAUAUCCAUGCAAUAACAUGAGGAAAUAUAUUGUCUUACAAUAAAACCCAAAAAUCUUUAGUUUCAAUAUCUUCUUCACUUAGCAAAUAGGCACAUAGAAAAUUGGAUUAUUCGUAAACAUCCUAAUAUUUUCACAAUUUUUACUAUUUUUCUGUAAUAUGCACAUUUAAGAUUAAAAAUCGCUUACUCUUCCUUUA